GCACGGUGCAUGACUCGCUCUAGACACACUUCACCCUCUAACUAUCAAAAAGCUUGAGUCCGCCGCCCGAUGGCACUUCGCACAUACCUUGCUCCUCUCGCAUUUUCCUCGUACCACUGAUCAGUACCUCCGUAGUGACGACGCCAUCUCCAACGCGUCCAUCCUUUCGGUACGAGUAUUGCAGCAUCAGCCUCUCGAGCCUCAACGACUAGAGGGUGGAUACUUCGAAGUAUUAGGAUAGAGAUAAACCUUGCUGUCGUCCCUGAUCGCCUUCGAAGCGUUGCCCCAGAGGACCGCCUGCAUCCGCAUCCGCAUCUGCAUCUGCGUAUAGGCAGUAGCCCUAUCGCAAACGGAUCGCGUACCGAAUCCGAAGGAACUGUACGAGUGCUCGUAGUCCCACGGCCCAGGCCAUUCGGAGGCUGUAGAUCAGUCUGAGACUAGGAAGGGUUGAUUGAUUGAAUUCGUGACCUUGGGAGCGAUGAAGCUGGCUUCGAGGAAACCUCACCGCAAAACAAGGACCGGUUGCUCGACGUGCAAGCGAAGAAAAAUAAAGGUAAGCUGCCCUUUGAUGUACUAACUACAUCGAGUACUUUGUGUACCCACUUGCUCGCUUCCACUUAUGAGCUCGGCUGUGUUGAUUUGCUCCAAGCACUGAAGCAGAAUCAUCGUCCUGUGUUUUCGCAAAAGCCCACUCACCGAUGAAGAAACCCAAUAGUCUAACACCCCACACAAUAGUGCGAUGAACAACGUCCUGCUUGUACAAACUGUCGCAAGCAUUCAGUACAAUGCGAUUAUCUACUAUUAACAACAUCGACCGGCGGGAGUCCGACAUCAACUCCUCCCAUUCCAGCCCAAUCAGGCACUUCUUUGCUCCCUCUUGCCAUAGGCCCAUUACGCCAAAGCCCACUACCCCAGAAUCCAUUGCCCCUCAACCUGAGAGACCUUGAGCUCCUCCACCACUAUACAACAUCAACAUGUCUCACUCUAUCUUCAGAUCCAUCUCUCAAGGCUCUAUGGAGGAUCAAUGUUCCCCAGAUUGGGUUUCGAGCUGAUUAUGUGAUGCAUACCAUUCUCUCAAUAUCCGCGCUACACCUGGCGCAUUAUCUACCCGAAAAAAGAGAAUACUAUGCUGCUCAAGGCAAAGCCCAUCACCAAAGCGGCCUUAGAAUGGCAACGUCACUCCUCGCAAACGUCACAAAUGAUAAUUGUGAUUCGAUCUAUAUAUUUUCUACAAUGACGUUGUUCAUCACUCUUGCGACUUCUCGUACCUCCGAGGAUUUCUUACUUUUGAGAAAUGAAACCAAUGGAGGAUGGCUGGAAUUACUAAAAGGGACCUAUUUCAUCAUUAGAAAUUAUGAGCACUCUCUUAUUAACAGCAGUCUUUCAGCUAUGUUUGUCGCUGGUCGCAAGAGAGAAAAUCUGAGAGAGGAAGCUUCCCUCGAGUAUUCAGCAGAAACCGAUGAUUUGCAAGAGCUUCGUUAUCAUAUCAGUGAAUCCCAGCUUGAGCCACAUACCUAUAGCCUAUGUACAAAUGCCAUAGAGGAAUUACGGAUGUCUCUCGCACUCGCCAUGAAGCGCAACAACGCUUCCCUAGAACCGGGAGACGUAGUCUUCGUCUGGCUCUACAAAGUCAACAAUGGGUUUCUCGAACUCGUCAGUGAUCAUUGUCAAGAAGCCAUAGUGAUAUUUGCCUAUUUCUGUGCCCUCCUGAAGAUGAUGGAUACGAGAUGGUGGAUGCAAGGGAGUGGCAUCAAUUUAUUGAAUCAAGUUUGGGAUUUGUUGGACGAACAACACCGAUUGUGGAUUCGUUGGCCUAUUGAGGAGAUUGGAUGGGUUCCGGAUCCCGAUCGAGCGGCUGCCAAAAUAGAUCCGAGCUUGAUAUCGAAUCCUAUACAAGUACAACAAGGACCACAAGCGCAACCGAUGGACAAGAUGUACCAAGAGCAUUCCCCACAUUCGAGUGUCUACGAUCAUUCCCCACAGCCAAAUAAUUAUAUGUCCCCCCCCGGGCCUACCACUUGA